GAGUCAUCGGUUUCGUGCACAUAACAAUUCGAACCAAGCACAUUGCGACAACGUCAUCGAGUCAAAUAUGAUCACGGUAGUGAAAUAUCUUUCAAAUGCAAUGAAGUCUACCUUAUGGAGAUGGUAGAAUAAGAAUCCAGGUAUGAGAAGUUCACUACAGCAAGCAGCUGUGUACUGUCUGCUGUUCGUAGCUACACAUUUUGUUAAUAAGUAUGUUCUGUCUGUCUUGAAAUUCCAGUUCCCAACUAUAUUUCAAGGAUGGCAGACACUGGUUGGAUUCCUGAUGUUAAGUUUAUUAGUAUCUACCAGACAUCUUCCUACACUGUUAGACAAUACAAAUAGGUAUGAUGUUGCUAAUUGGCUGCCAGGAAUGAUGUUCUUUGUUUGCUCAAUAUACUCUGGGUCGAAAGCUUUAGCUUCCCUGACAAUACCGGUGUUUUUAUCCCUACAUAAUCUGGUGACUGUGAUACUGUGUACUGCUCAGCUGGCGAUAUAUAGACAGUUGACAAGUAUAUACAGCUAUACUAUGCUGAUGAUGUUAGUUGUAUCGUCAAUUCUAAUCGGAGCCACGGAUCCAUACUAUCACAUGGAUGGUUACUUCUGGACGUGUCUUCAUAUUCUCUCAACAGGUGCUUAUGGUAUUUUCACAAAAAUUUCAAGAGGACGAUUAAAACUGAGUGCACAUGAAAAGAUGUAUUGUAAUUACCUGUAUAGUGUGAUAAUAUUAGCUCCCUCCAGUUAUUUUCUAGGUGAUGCAGUGCAGGCGGGAAGAUACCCAUAUUUAUAUUUCUCCAAAUUUUAUGUUGGUUGUAUUAUGAGUGGUGUAUUUGGUGUUUUCCUAGCCCUUAGUAAUAUAAAGCUGAUAGAAAGUAAUAUGGACAAGGCUGAUAUGGCAAAGAUAUCAGGCAUAUCCAAGCUUGUAACCUCCGUCACAUCCUUGCUGUUCUUCAGAAGCACAUUUACAGCCUCACAUCUACUCUGGAUAUGUGUCAAUCAUUUAGCAGCCAUAGUGUGUGAAGAUUCCUCCAAUAUUGAAGAGGUCCCAGUAUUACCAUCUGCUACAGUGUCUAACUCAUCCGAUAAACAACAUUUAACCCAGCAAAACUCAAUGACUAGAGAGUACAUCAAAGUUACUGUCCAGUGAUUUUUUUCCUCCAACAUUGAAGAGUAUUCAGGCUGUCAUCUGCUUCAGUAUCUACCUCAUCUGAGUAAUAACAUUUUAUCUGGUAGUAAAAAUUGCAUGAACAUAUCUAAACAGAGCAGGAUUAUGAUAGUUUGCAAUGAUAUCAACAUUUGGAAAAAACAACAGAUUAUAAUUGAGAUAUAGCACCUAAUGGAAACUGAUUAUAAUUGAGAUAUAGCACCUAAUGGAAACAGAAUGACAUUGAAAACAUUUAAAUGUUGAAAUUAAUUUUCUAGAAUUUCUUUAAAAUGGAGUUUGCCUUGCAGUUCUCCCGUUUUCUGAAAGGAUGAAAUAUGAAAAAAAUGAAUAUAUUUUUCAGUGGAGACUGGAUUUAAAAAAAAAAAAUGAACGGUUGCUAUAGAUAUUGCAGGAGAACAGAAUAUAGGGACAUGCAAGUGAAGUAUAAUAAUGGCAUACACUGUGCUGUGUUGAGAUAAAGAGUACCAGUGAAAAAAGCACAAUUUUCCUAUACAGCAGGUAUAGGUGCAUGUCUGCAAUUAUAUUUUCAGUCGCCACAAGUAAGCCAUAUGGGUAAAUUUUCUAGAAGAAUGUUAAUAAUUUGAGUUGGAGGAUAAUGUAAGAUGUAAGAAGUUUCCCUGCUUCUUAAGCAUUCCAGGUUAUUUUAGCAUACAUGGGACUCUUAUUCAUCGUUAUUUAGAGUAGUAAGGAGUCAGACUUAAAAUUCCUGGUUUCGGUGUAAUACCACUGUGUCUGCUCCACUACUCUACUACAGUCGCAGUCAUCCCUACUUGCCUUUUAUUUACGUAUUUUGAUGCUAUGAAAAAUCCCUUUUUUGCAAUGAAAUUAAAACAAUGAAAUGAUACCUCUAACAUUAAAAAGGUUCCUAUCACUAACCACUGAGUCUCUAGUAUUUGAAACUUAUGUAACUUGUUUCUUGCCAUCCAUGCUGAAGGUCAUGGACGUUUUUUUACUUGUUCAGUUGUUGUAUUUGUGAAUGGAUGUUUUAAAAACAUGUUUACAAGGUUUUAAUAUAUUGUGUGAUGUGUAUUGUAUGAUUUGUGACUUGAGAUUUUAUUGUUAGUGUAUAGCUUUUUCAGCUUGAAGCAUUUUUCUUCUUUUUCUCGCAACAGCGUUUUAACGGGGCUGGCCUCCUGAUGAAUGUCAAAGUAUCUUUUUUUUCCCCCAGUAUAUGAAAAAGUCUGGCACAAUAAUCACUAUUUUACGAGUUAAAUUUAAGUUACAAGUUAAUUUCUGUUAAACUACAUUAAGAUCAGGGUUUGCUUUGAAAUUAAUGCUAUUCUUUGAAAAUGACUAAAACAAGAAAAAAAACUACUACUUUUAUUUUGAAAGAAAUAACAUACUUGAAUUUCACCAAAAACUCCUUGAAAACCAUUUUGUCUGCAAAUUAUUUAGUAGAAAGAAUAAUUUUAAAAAAGAAAUAGAAAAUAUGAAAAUAAUUUGAAAGAAGUCAAUGAUCUUUGGUAAUUUAUCAAUCCAGUAUGCACCAGUAACUGUCAUAGACAACAUUUUAUCACAAUUUCUACGAUAACACUGUUUUGGUAAUAGUUGAUCAAUGUAGUCUAGAUGCAGGUUUCAAGACAGAGAUUAAAGAAGAAUAGUCCUUGAAAAAAAGAACUUGAAAAGUUGUUGAGUUUUGUCUUGAAAUUCUGUGUGAACUAUGAAUUUCAAUAGUGAGCAUAAUGUGCUUAUAUUUUGCACAGUACACGUGUUUUAAAUUCUGUCUCACCUUUUUAUUUACUGUAACUAACAAAUGUAACAACUUUGUAAAUUUGGAAAAAUUUGACAUAAAUCUGGAGGUGUGCCCCUUUAAUGUAUUACAUGUACCAGUAAUUGUACUCUGUGAAGAUAUUUACUGAUAAAUACUAAUUUAUAUUUAAUAAAUAUGAUUCAAAAGA